UCUUUCAUUAUAACAACAAUUCAUAUAUUACACCAUUCAAAACAUUGUGUCUUAGAGGGGAUGCAAUAAUUGAUUUAAACUCUGGGAGCCGCUGUUCACCAAUCAGGAACAGAAAUGCUGGGAGAGAGCAAGUCUAAUUCUCCCAGGUCCUAGUGCACAAAGCUCAGGAAGACCAAACCCACACACACACGCUCCAGGAUACGGAGAAACGGAGCCCCCUAACCCUGCAGGCUCCAGACUUGGGCUCUGGACAACAACAACUAGGAAAACAGAGGAGCCACGAGCUACCUACAGACAGCAAGGAGUGUAUUCCGAAGAGAAGCAAUGGUCACUGGGCAAAAACACAGCGACGGCAGAAGGCGAAUCCUGCUUUGUUCUCUCCUGGGACUGCUGUGGGACACCGUGGCCACCCAAAUCCGCUACUCGAUUCCCGAGGAGAUGGAGAAGGGCUCUUUCGUGGGCAACAUCGCCCAGGACCUGGGACUGGAACUGAAGGAAUUGCCUGAGCGCGGAGCCCGCAUUGUCUCCAGAGGUAAGAAGCUGUAUUUCGCUCUCAGUGUCAGAAGCGGUAGCUUAGUCACUGCGGACAGAAUAGACAGGGAAGAGCUCUGUGCACAGAGCGCCCAGUGCCUACUAAAUUUUAAUGUUCUGGUUGAAGAUAAAUUGAAAAUUUAUUCAGUGGAAGUGGAAAUAACCGACAUUAAUGAUAACGCCCCUCGCUUUCGGGAAGAAGAGCUAGAACUAAAAAUCAGUGAAACCACAGCUCCAGGAACCCAGUUUAUUCUAGAAAGUGCUUAUGAUCCGGAUGUGGGAGUGAAUUCCCUCCAGGGUUAUAAGCUGAGCCCCAAUGAUCACUUCUCUCUGCUUGUGCAAAGUGGAGGUGAUGGGAUCAAGUACCCAGAACUGGUACUGGAGAGGUCCCUGGACCGGGAGGAAGAGCCUACUCUCCACGUAGUUCUCUCAGCCAGAGAUGGAGGAUAUCCUGUCCUUUCUGGCACUGUUAGAAUCCGAGUGACCGUCCUGGAUGUAAAUGACAAUGCUCCCAUAUUUACUCAGCCUGUGUAUACAGUCAGUGUUCCAGAGAACGUGUCCCAGGGGACAGUGCUGCUCACAGUAAACGCCACUGAUGCAGAUGAAGAAAGCAACUCUCAGAUAAGAUAUUUUCUAGUGAAAAUUCCUGGGAAAAUCUCACAAAUAUUCCAACUGAAUUCUGUGACUGGAGAAUUAUUAACCUUACAAAAUCUAGAUUAUGAAGAUGCAGAAUUCUAUAAGACAGAAGUAGAGGCUCAAGAUGGUCUUGGUUUUUGGGGCAGAGCUAAAAUUCAUGUCACAGUUCUAGACGUGAAUGACAAUGCCCCAGAAGUGACUAUCACAUCUGUCAGCAACACAAUCCCUGAAAAUGCUCUCCCUGGGACUGUAAUUGCUCUAUUCUACGUCCAUGAUAGAGACUCUGGUGAAAAUGGUCUAGUCUUGUGUUCCAUCCCAGAUAAACUGCCUUUUAAAUUAGAAGAGAAGGUGGACAACUACUAUUCACUGGUGACUGACAGGACUCUGGACAGGGAGCAGGUGUCUGAGUACAACAUCACAGUGAGAGCAGUAGACUUUGGGAGCCCAGCUCUGUCUACAGACACUCAUAUCCUUUUGCAUGUGGCAGACAUCAAUGACAACCCACCCACUUUCAGUCAGGCUGUGUACUCUGCCUACAUCCAGGAGAACAACCCCAGAGGAGCUUCCAUCUACUCCUUGAGUGCCCAUGACCCAGACAGUGAGCAGAAUGCCUUAGUCACCUACUCCAUCAUGGACAGCACCCUGCCCUCAGAGGCACCACCACUUUCAUCCAUUGUGUCCAUCAACUCAGAGACUGGUGUCCUCUAUGCUCUGUGCUCCUUCGACUAUGAACAGUUCCAGGAAUUUCAGCUGAGAGUGAUAGCCAGAGAUUCUGGGGACCCUCCUCUCAGCACCAAUGUGUCCCUGACUCUGUUCAUCCUGGAUCAGAAUGACAAUGCCCCAGAAAUCCUGUACCCAGCCUUCCCCACGGAUGGCUCCAGUGGAGUGGAGCUGGCCCCACGCUCGGCAGAGCCAGGCUACCUGGUGACCAAGGUGGUGGCAGUGGAUGCAGACUCUGGCCAGAAUGCCUGGCUGUCCUACCGCCUCAAGGCCACAGAGCCUGGACUCUUCUCCGUGGGUCUGCACUCAGGGGAGAUCAGGACUGUCCGGACAUUCCUGGACAAAGGCCUCAAGCAGAAUCUCAUAGUGGUAGUGACAGAUAAUGGGGACCCUCUCUCUGCCACCAUCAGCGUCACUGUGGCAGUGGCUGACAGCAUCCCCGAGAUCCUCUCAGAUCUCAGCAUCCAGACUUUCCUCUGAUCCCCAGAUGACUCUCUCCUCACGUUUUACUUGGUCAUAGCAGUGGCUGUGGUUUCCUGCUUGUUCUUUGCCUUCAUCGUCCUUCUGCUGGCUCUCAGACUGAGAAGGUGGUGGAUGCUGCAAGUUGUGCAGUCUGCAGGUGACCAUGUGGGGGGUCCCUCCUCUCAGUUUUUGGGAAUAGAUGGAGUGAGAGCUUUCCUUCAGACCUAUUCCCAUGAGGUUUCUCUCACCACGGAUUCUCGGAAGAGUCAGUUAAUCUUUCCUCAGACCAACUAUGCAGACACCCUCAUAAAUCAGCAGAGCUGUGAAAAAAAGGUACCUCUACUAACAUCAAGAAAUGUCGGUACAAAUAAAGAUCAGUCAGCCUCUUUUCAGGAAAGACCAGAUGGCAGUAAAUACCCACAAUUGCUUUUGGAAAAAUCCCUGGAUCGAGAAAUUCAGAGUUCUCACCAUUUGGUCCUGAUUGCUGUAGACGGUGGGGAACCAGCCCAAAGCGGCAUGGCUGAGAUAUGGAUCAGCGUCACUGACGCCAAUGAUAAUGCCCCAGUCUUUAGCCAAGAUGUCUACAGCGUCAGUGUUCGGGAGAACUUGCCCCCGGGCUCCUCACUGCUCAGUGUGACUGCCACUGACAAGGAUGAGGGGAUCAAUACAGAAAUCACCCUCUCUUUCUGCAACGAGGACAAUAACAGGCUAUUGUUCUACCUCCACCCCAACAGCGGGGAAAUUACAACUAAAGAUAUAUUGGACUUUGAAGAAACAAAUAGAUAUAUGAUGGAUGUUGAAGCAAAGGACGGAGGAGGUCACACAGCACACUGUAACAUUCAAAUUGAAAUUUUCGAUGAAAAUGACAAUGUCCCAGAGAUGAACUUCGUCUCACUCUUUGAUCAAAUUCCAGAAGACUCUUUGCCUGGAACUGUUAUUGCACUCAUUAAAACACAUGACCAAGAUUCAAAGGAAAAUGGUCAGGUCUCAUGUCAUAUCCAAGAAAAUUUUCCUUUCAAGUUAGAGUCUUCUUCUAGAAAUUAUUACAAGCUGUUGACUGAUGGACCUCUGGACCAUGAGCAAACUCCAAAGUAUAACAUCACUGUGACAGCCAUAGACAAGGGAAACCCGCCUCUGUCCACCAGCAAAAUCUUCACCUUGCACAUUGCAGACGUUAAUGACAAUCCCCCAGUUUUCCUCCAACCUUCCUAUGUCGCUUACGUUUCUGAAAAUAACCCUUCUGGUUCCUCCAUAACCAAGGUCUUGGCAGAGGACCCUGACCUUGAGCAGAACGGCCGCGUGUCCUACUCCAUCGUGAGCAGUGACCUGGCCCCGCUCACUCUAUUCUUCUACGUUUCUGUCAAUGGACAUAGUGGGGACGUUUUUGCACAGCGUCCUUCGACUAUGAACAGGUCCGCACUUUUGAAUUGACACUGCAGGCCCAAGACUCUGGGU